AUGGAGAUCGAUGCAAUUGAGUCGUCGGGUGACCGACGACGCGCUACAGCCUACAAGGGCGACGUCCGAGGCGGACGUCAGAUGAUCUGCUUUCGAUGCCGAAAGCCAGGACAUCGCGCGGCUGAAUGCCGCGCGCCAGCACCGAUGUCGGUGCAUGCGACGGACACCCAUCAUGAGGGAGGUGCUCCGAUCAGUCGUCCAAAAAAUGGACGAGACCAGUAG